AUGCUUCAGGUUGUCACGCUAAACCUUGCUAACUGGCUCGGCAAUCGGCCCGAUGAAAAACAAUGCUUCGCACGUACGCUUUGUGAGGGCCUGAAGGACUGUGGGUUUGUCAGAUUAGUUAACCACGGAAUAACCGACGAUAUCAUCGACGGUUUGGAGGAGUGUAAAACCAAAUUCUUCUCUUUGCCUACAUCAGAGAAGACGAAAAUAGUGAACCUGCCUGGUCCAAAACCACAGAGAGGAUGGAGUGGCCUGGGGGUGGAGAAAACUGCUCAUCUAUAUAACCCCAAUAUCACGGAACCAUCAGGCUAUGAGGAUGCAAAGGAGCACUAUGACUGUGGCCCACCACAGGACACCAUGUUCCCAAACCUAUGGCCAGAUGAGAAUCUGGUGCCUGGCUUUCGUACCUCUAUCGAGGCAUUCUUUGUUCAAGCUGAGGCAAUCAGCAUGCACCUGAUGGAAGCACUAGAGGUUGGAUUCGGGCUUUCCCCUGGUGCUUUCACUCGCCUCUGCGAGGGACACAACGGUGAGCUACGGGUGAACCACUACCCCAGCAUUCCAGCUUCGAGCAUCACGAACGGAUCGACGAACCGGAUCUGGCCGCAUGUUGACUUUAGCAUUAUCACGCUUCUCUUUCAAGAUCAGACUGGUGGCUUAGAAGCAUGGGACAGUACAUCAGAGACGUUCGCCCCGUUACUGCCGGGGUCGAAAAGUGAACUGUUGGUCAACUCAGGCAAUAUACUCCAGCGGUGGACAAAUGACGUGAUUAAGGGUGGCUUGCAUCGUGUGGGUUUGCCGCAUGAGUAUGGUGAUACGCUUCCCCAGCGUUACUCAGUAGCGUAUUUCAUGAAAGCACCACGAGACAAGAGUGUGGGGGCUCAAGAGGCGUUCAUGAAGGAUGACAAGCCAACAAAUUAUAGCAAUAUUACGAUUUUGGACUAUCAGAAAGGUUGGACUGGGCAGCUUUACUAA